CCUGAACAAUCAUGGCGGACGAAUUCCCCUGUGCAUCAACUUGUCCAAAUAUUUGCAUAGAAACUGAAUAAUUAAGGAACAACACACCUUUCUCUUUCUUUCCAUGCAACAAGUAAAUAUAGUUACAACAUGGAACGCGCUGGUAGUAAGAAAUCAUCUUCAGGCAGAGAUACUGAUGACAAACCCUGGUUAGCGGCUGCCAAGGAGGAAGUUCUGCCAGGAUAUGAGGAAUAUUUGGUUCUGUUGCAAGAGAGGAAUAGGUUACAGAAGCGUCUGCGAGAAAAAAAUAAAGAUAAGGAUCAGGUUGAGAAAGAACGCAGAGAGCACGGGUUUUCCCUGUAUGUCAAUGGCCCGCAUAAGAAUGCUAGACCCUCUGGAAAAUCACCUGGUAGCAAAGCAACGAUUCCAACACAACCCCAGCAACCAAAAACUGCCCGCAAGCCAAAAACAGCUGGUGAGGUACGCAAUCCCAACAUAUUGGAUAACCAGGCACUAGUUGAGAUUGCUCGACUGGAAGUGGAACGCCAACGCGAUGUGGCGCGUGCAAAAACCGCCCCAAACGCAAGGGAACGUCGACGGAACUGGAAUGUUGAGUCUAUGGAAAUUAAGACUACUGACGGUGGGAAAAAAGUCAAAGCCCCAGAUAUCCUGACAGGACGAUAUGCUGAUGAUUUCGAGUCAGGGGAAGAUUCAGACGAUGUUCGCAGCAGCGGCAGUGAGAACACGGAAAUUGUAACACAAUCACAGCAUAACAAGCCUGUUCGCAAGCCUCAGGCACCCAGGGAAAGCGACAUGUUUAACAGCAGUGACAGCUACUGUAGUGAGGAUGAGAAACUAGAGAUGUCCAAGAACAUGUCGACCAUUCUUGAUGACAACAACUCAGCAGAUGACAUGGAGUUGGAUGCCUCGCGGUUCACGCGACCUGGUGUCGGCAACAGGAAAAACAAUCGACCCAACCGACAAGCUUCUGACAACGAGGAUGAAAGUGAUGAUGAUCAUCCAGAAAAGCUUCUGUUGAGCAUGAAAGAACUUCGGAUGAUGUACAAUUGUGUGACCUUGCGUCAAAGCCUUGCCAGAAAUGCCACUAUUCGAGAAAGCCUUGCUAAGGAAUCUGGAUCAGGUGAUGAAGACUUUACCCCAGAGUCUCCUAUACCUGAGAUUGAGGAAGAAGAUAUCCCGUCAGAUGACAGCGAAGAGGACUCUCCACGUAGACACUUCAACCUCAAGCCUUCCCCUCAGAAACAGCCCGAGAUAGUGCUGGAGUUUGGGGGAGGUCCAGCUCCUAAUAAAAAAGUUGAAAAGAGCCUAUCAGCUGCCAGAAGAAAGGACGCAGAUCAAUCAGAAGUCAGACCCAGGAAUGGCCAGAAAAAUAUUUCUGAGCAAACAAGGGAAUCAGGAAAUAAAUCAGGGACAACCAGAACACUUGAAGCCUCAGAAAAUGCAGGCAAGAAAGCCGUGCGUCCCCUGUCAGCCAAUCGUAAGACCCCUGUCAGAGAGAGCCUGGAUCCAGACGGCGAGGCCUCGGCUGUCAUGGCCGCCCUCAAGGCUGAGAACGAACAGGCCUCACAAAAAAAAAUGCAGACCCCAAAACAAAAGCCCAGCCCACGUGCAGCCCAAAAGUCCCCGGGCAAGCCUGCAGUUGAUAGGUCGGAGGGUGUUCCCAAGUCCCGGGCGAUGUCAAAAGAGAGCCCAGCACAGAGUGUCAGCGGGCCUCUGGUGUCCAUGGAUAAAAUAGAACAGAUCAUGGAGAAAGUCCUCAAGAUGAGUCCGAAGCACCAAAGACGUCUUGUUCACAUGCUGGGCAAGAUAGAGAAGUCGGUGGUAGCAGAGAGUGUUGAGAAUCCUAUUCCUGCAACCAGGCCAGCAGCCAAGGGUCCUAUGAGAGCAGUGCAUACAUCAGUUAGCCAGUCCCUGACCUCCAGCAACGGUGCACCAUCAAGUGGUGACAGUAGUGAUGUCAUUGAACUCCACAUUGAGGUGAGGUCAAACUGGGGUCACGCGAUGCGACUCGGCCUCACAGAGAUCCAGGUGUAUGACCAGCGGGGCGACCUUGUUGCUGUCUCCGGGGAUGAUGUCAGUGUUCAUGGGGCGGAAGAUUGUCAGGGCAGCGUCGAUGUGCUGUUUAACGGGAAAUUCAAGACAAUGAAAGAACGGAACAUGUGGAGCUGUAGAUACCAUGCAAGGAGGCCGGUGGAGUUCAUAAUCAACGUUCGCAAACCACGACCAAAGGCAUCUGAAAAGUUUGCCUUGUCACAGAUCAAGAUUUGGAACUUCAAUAAAAGCACAAAAGAUCUGGACAUUGGAAUAAAGGACAUCCGCAUUUUCGUCGGCAGUGAUCUCCUGUUCACUGGACCGGUAGACAAGGGCUGUGGGAACCAUGUGUUUGACUAUGGUCAUGUGAUAUCUCUAGUGCCAUCAGUGAAUGAAACAAACCCUGUGAUUGAGGUGGAAAAAGAUGAAGAAGUAAGUUCUUCAAAACCAGAAAACACAGUUGCUAAAAGCAUGUCUGACAAAAGACAAAAGAGGCGUGAGGCUAACGAAGCCAGAUCCAGUGUAAGAACGUCUAGAAGUAAAGAUGAUGUAAGAAGCUCAGAUUCUAGACAGUCCAUAUCGAAAGAGAGCGUGGUUUCAGACAAGGGAUUAGUUUUGGAUUCUAAGAGCACAGAAAAAGUGUCGCAAAUUAAUAAAAGCAAUGUCGAUGUAUUGAACCAAAAUAAAUCUCGUCUACCCAUUUCACCAAGGGGAGAAAUAUCGCCAGCCCAUCUGCAAGUGGGAAAUAAGUCCCCACGUGAAGGGGUAGCAUCGAUAAACCACAGAAGCAUAUCCCCGCGCCCCAGCCAAGACCGGAAAAAGACGUUUCAUUCCAUAAGCAUCUCGUCGCAGUCUUCGGCCUCUGAUGGCGGGGAAUCUUUGCCAAGCUCGAGACCUUCUUCCGGGGUCAUGACUCCUGCUGGUAGGCCUGUCAGGAGUGAGACGCGCACACUGGUGAAACAACCUGGAUCGGGCAGUGAAAGUGACGACACUGCUUUAGAUGCCUCCAAGCCCAGCCACCCAUCUAAGAAGCCAAGCGCGAAGACUCCGAGAAAGUCCAAGCGUAUGGGGGCCAGACUUGAUGGUCACAGUUCUGCUGAGGUGGACAGCUCGAGAUCCGUGUCGGAAAGUAUGGAGUCCCGGCCACCAGUGUCACACAGAAAAUUGGAGGAGAAGAUCUUGCGUAAGUCAGUAGUGGAGAAAUACCUGGACAAGCCAAGUGGGCCGCAGCCGCCUGCACAGCAGCCUGUUGCCAUGGAAAUGGCUGCAAAACAAGAGCCAGAGCCAGAUCUUGAUGACACACUAAAAGCUGGUAAUGCCACAGUGUCCUCAUCAGUGUCCGUAGCCUCCAGCCAGGAUGAUACACCCAUGCUGCAGAAACUCAAGGCCAUGAACAACAAAGACCAGACAAGUUCAAGAAAGAAGGACAUACCUCGAUGGCUUAAGCAAGAAGAUAUUUUAACUCCGUUCCAGAGCCCUGCAGAGAGUCGUGACGUGACAACGGGACUGCAGGGAGCACCCCCACGUACCCCACCCACCCAGGAAGAGAUUAACAUGCUCAUUGACGAGGAACUGUCACAGUUUCCCGAGAAACGGAAACCAGGGCCUAGUCCAGUGCAAACUGUUGAAAAUUCAGAGGGUAGUUCGACCCCAAUGCAGCGUAUAGAGAAGAACCGUUCCAAGUGGCGGGAGAACCCAGGCAUGAAUCUGGAGGAGUCUUGGGGUUCCCUCACCCAGUUCAACAAGAGUCAGCGCGGACGGCUAUCACUAGACAUGGACGAUGAUGUCCUGGAUGAGUACAUUAACAAGGCCGCUAAGCUUGCGGGGCUGCCCACUGAGCCGGCUAUACAGGAAGAGGAGACACCUUCAACUGAGCCAAGCGCCGGCAUAUACAUAAACUCUGAGGAUGAAGAUUUCAUCAUCCCAGAGUUGCCAUACGGCCGUGAGCUUGUUGUCAACAUACGAUCUACCUGGGGGGACAAGCAUUACGUCGGGCUGACUGGGAUAGAGGUGUUCUCUGCCACUGGUGAACAGGCAAACAUUGUCAAGAUCCGAGCUGAUCCAAGCGACAUAAACAUCCUGCCAGAGUAUGACAAGGAUCCACGAGUAGUGAAGAACUUGAUUGAUGGAUCAAACCGCACACGCGAUGACAUUCACAUGUGGUUGGCUCCCUUCACAGCUGGCCGCGAUCACUUGGUGCUCUGCUCAUUUGAGAAGCCGUGUAAAGUGGCGUUAAUAAGAAUAUGGAACUACAAUAAAUCCCGUAUCCACUCGUACCGUGGUGCGAAGGACGUGGUAAUGACUCUAGACUCAACUGUGAUAUUCCGGGGAGAGAUAGCCCGCGCAUGUGGGGGCAUCGAAGGUGGAACCGAGGCAUUCGGAGAUACAAUCCUGUUCACAACAGAUGAGGGGAUCCUGGAGCUGGUGUCUCAGAAUGACGCGGCUUACGAGGGGGAGAUGCUCAGUGAUGAUGAACCCUUUGAUGUGGAACGUCCCUCUACAGCUGAUGCUGGAGAAGAAAAGGGUCGUCCGUUGACGCGGGCAGUGGGAAACAUAAAGCAGCUGGAGCGUGAAUUAACAGUGCAAUACGAAGGGAAUAUGAUGGUGUAUAGAGGGAAAUGUAUAGAGCUCAACUUCACUGCAACGUGGGGAGACAUGCACUACUUGGGCCUCACGGGACUGGAGGUCGUGGGUAAGGAAGGAGAGGCUAUCCCAAUCAACAUUACCAUGCUGACCGCCAAUCCCAGGGACGUACGGACCCUUCCAGGACAUGAGAAGGACGACCGGACUCUAGACAAAGUCAUAGAUGGUAACAACGUGACAGUGUCAGAUGAGCACAUGUGGCUGGUACCCUUCGUGGAGGGACAGAGUCACACGCUGACCAUCGACUUUGGGGAGAAGGUGCUACUGGCCGGCCUGCGCAUCUGGAACUACAACAAAAGCAAAGAGGACACGUACAGAGGGGCUCGCACAGUUCACGUGAGCAUCGACGGCAAGGUGGUAUCACCACCUGAAGGAUUCCUUGUGAGGAAGGGGCCAGGCAACUGCCAUUUUGACUUCGCUCAGGAGAUCUCAUUCUCCCCCCAGUCCUGGAACACCGGCCUGACCCUGUCUGCUCUAGGAAGUGCUGGUAUGGUAGAUGAAAGUGACAAUUAUGAAGUUGUACAGAUGCCAUGUGGAUUUAUCUAUCAGCUGCAGCUGUUCAGCACAUGGGGCGACGCCUACUAUGUGGGUCUCAAUGGGAUAGAGCUGUAUGAUGGCAACCUGCAGAAGAUUGAGCUGACCCAAAACAACAUCUCUGCUUUCCCGGACAGUGUGAACAUUCUUGAGAAGAUGCAGAACGAUGUGCGCACACCAGACAAGCUGAUAGACGGGGUCAAUGACACGAUGGAGGGCGGCCACAUGUGGCUGGCUCCCAUCAUACCCAACCAUUUAAACCGAGUGUAUGUGAUAUUUGAUGUGCCGACGACCAUCUCUAUGAUCAAGAUCUGGAACUACAGCAAGACCCCAAACAGGGGCGCCAAGGACUUUGCUUUACUGGUGGAUGACCUUCUAGUGUACAACGGGGUGCUACAGGCAGUGACCCAGGGGGCACGGGGCAUUCUGCCCAACUGUCAGGGACCCCAGCCCUACCAUACCAUACUGUUCACCAACAACAAGGAUGUUCUGAGGAAAGAGAAACACACCGUUAUCAAUAACCAGACUGGAGAGCAGGAUGUACAGAUGACCAAUGAUAAGAAGAUUAUGAGUCACUAUAACGACCCAAAGAAGACCCAGUCAGGAAAACCAGUCGAUCAGAAUCUUCGUCCCACUACCAGUGUCAUUGUUUCCAAAAAAAGAAGAUGAUGAAUUUACUGUGAUAUCACUGUGUUAUAAAAUCAAAGGAGGAUAAAUGACUGAGUUGAUGUAACAUUUGAGCCAAUAUAGAAUUUCUGGGUAGUGGCCCUCGAGCUGAGAAGAAAAAAAUGAAGAUUUUACAUAGAAAACAAUAAAUGAUGUUUUCUGCAUUAUGCCCAUGGUACUCAAAGGGUUGGAUUAAUAUUGAACACACACAAGAUAAUUUCUGCAUUAUGACCAUGGAUCACAGUUACUAAAGGUGAUGGAUUUACCCAGAACACAAAAAAUGAUGUUUACUGUAUUAUGACCAUGGUAGUGUCUUAAUGUGAAGGAUUUAUAUCUAACACAAGCAAGUAUGUUAAGUGUAUUAUUACCAUGGACCGCAGCCACUUGUCAGUAUGUGUGUUGAUGAUUUGCAGCAAGAAUGGUUGUAAAAAACAAUGCCUUUUUAUCAGGACUUAUGCCUUGGUGAUUUAUCACACACAGAGUUGAUUUAGCCGGUGUAUUUUGUUCAAGAACUAAUUUAUAAAGUAUGUUAUGCUACUGGAAAGUUUAAGUUGACUGUGUUUUGAUGUACUGUUGAAGUAAAUGCAAAUAUAAACUCAACAUUUACUGCUGAGGGUUUUAAGGUGAAUUCCUGGUUGUGAAGUUAAACGCACGUAAUUAUUUCAUGAAAAAUAAGGUUUUGAAAUCAAUCCACUAUAUGAAUGCUAAGUUCCAUGUUGUUCCAAAGUGUUGUGAAAAAAGUCGAAAGUGCUGUAGAAGCUCACAAGACAUUUAUUCCCAUUGCAGAUGAAAACAAAUCAAAAUCAUCAAUAGUUUUUGACUGAUUCUUAAUUGUCAGACUGGUCUCAUGGUUGUCCGCUCUCCUAAAUGUGUAUGAUUAACUCUUUCAGUCCUGGAACUUAAUUUUGAAGGCCUUUGCAAACAGAACGUGGUGUCUCAUCAGGAUCCAAACUGUUUGCUAUUCCGAUAGUAUUCUUUGAAAAAAAUCGAAGAAAAUGCUAAUUUUAGAAAUUCAGCAGACGACAUUUUAGCAGAUGACAAAUUUCCCAGCAUGCAAAGUGUUAACCCUUUCCCACUCAGAGCCAAUGUCAAAAUGGCUCUGUGCAGUCUAUUCCGGUUUUAUGCUGUUUGCUUCUCAAUAGUAUCUAAGGUUUGGAGAUGAAGUCUUAAAAACUUGAAUAUAGUAAGAUUAAGAAAGGUCUAAAAUCAUAUAUAACUUUCUAAGGGACUACAAAUGCAUGAAAAUACGUAUCUAAGUGGUAAAGGGUUAAACAUGUUUAAGCUUUAUAGUUGUCAUUUAUCUAUUACCAGUGUGGGUCUUUAAAUAUUCCUACGGUAUUGAAACUGUUGUAUAAGAAGCCAUAGCUUGAUGGUCCGUCGUUUUUAACAUGGACAGUCAACAUUUUGGUUGUAUGUAUGUAUUGAUAAUCUGAGUGUUGGUUCAUCAAUUAAUGUUGUCUAAUCUCCAUAUUAUGGCAGAACUAGUUACAUAGAAUAUUUGCUUAACAUUUAAAAUUCGUAAUAUUAGCGUAGCAAUACUCAUUUUACAUCUAAAUAGUUGAUUCGUUUAAAUCUUGAAUUUUUAUGUCCCCCACUAUAGUAGUGGGGGACAUAUUGUUUUUGCCCUGUCUGUUGGUCUGUCUGUUGGUCUGUCUGUUGGUCUGUCUGUUUGCGCCAACUUUAACAUUUUGCAAUAACUUUUGCUAUAUUGAAGAUAGCAACUUCAUAUUUGGAAUGCAUGUGUAUCUCAUGAAGCUGCACAUUUUGAGUGGUGAAAGGUCAAGGUCAUCCUUCAAGGACAGAGGUCAAAUAUAUGUGGCCAAAAUCGCUCAUUUUAUGAAUACUUUUGCAAUAUUGAAGAUAGCAACUUGAUAUUUGGCAUGCAUCUGUAUCUCAUGGAUCUGCACAUUUUGAGUGGUGAAAGGUCAAGGUCAAGGUCAUCCUUCAAGGUCAGAGGUCGAAUAAAUGUGGCCCAAAUCGCUUAUUUUAUAAGAACUUUUGCAAUAUUGAAGAUAGCAACAUGAUAUUUGGCAUGCAUGUGCAUCUCAUGGAGCUGCACAUUUUGAGUAGUGAAAGGUCAAGGUCAUCCUUCAAGGUCAGAGGUCAAAUAUAUGUGGCCCAAAUCGCUUAUUUUAUGAAUACUUUUGCAAUAUUGAAAAUAGCAACUUGAUAUUUGGCAUGCAUGUGUAUCUCAUGGAGCUGCACAUUUUGAGUGAUGAUAGGUAAAGGUCAUCCUUCACAAGGUCAAGGUCAUCCUACAAGGUCAAACAUCAUAUAGGGGGACAUUGUGUUUCACAAACACAUCUUGUUGAAAGCCGUUAUCCAUUCAAACCUGUCAGGUUUGUCAUAAAUUUGUAAAUUACAAAUCUUUGAAUACAACUUAUGAUUAUGUCGAUAUAUUUUUUUAAUGAGUUUUCAUCAAUAAGCUAUAUUAUAUUUGAAAACAUAUUUUAUGUACGUCGGAAGCAUACAAAUUAUGUUUAAAUAUGAUAAACUAGUUAACUAUCGAUAUUUACAAAUUUACUCAAUCCUGGCCGAAUCCCUCAGUUUAAGUUGCAAGCUUGCUUGUCAUUAGUUUCUGUGACAUAUCACUGUUUACAUGUUUUGCCGUCCAAAUGUUAGUGUCUUUCAUUAUUGUCAAUUGAUUUCUUUUUUUUUUUGCCUUUUAAGAAUGUCUGUUUUGUCAGCUGAUUGAUUCAAAUUAACAGUUUUCAUUCCCAAUAUAGCUAGCUUCAUAUGUCUUAUUAAAAACCUCAUGACAGUUUAUCUCUAUAUAUGCCGAUCUAUGACCACUGGGUUGUUGUUAAACUGUACUUGAAUGCUCAUCUAUGUGACGUUGUGAUUUUUUUGUGUCAUACAUAAACCUAGGUGUUAAUACACUUUAUUAUUGGUAUGUAAAUCUGUGAAUACUUCAUUGUUGCAGUAUGCAUAUGUAUAUUAGAUCACAGUUGUGUAUAUUAGUGCUGUUAUUUAUUUACUGUACAUGUAUAUUUUACUGUAGUUACCAAUCUUAAUCUGUUGACCUUUAUGACUGAAACAAAUAAUUAAUUCACCCUUAUUGGGUAACGAAUAAAAUAUAACACCUUAAAA